AUGGCUUGUUACUGCCGACGCCUCUGAUCGCGUAUCUGUUUGGAAUUGGGAACACCGCCAGAUAAUAUACGAGCUAAAAGCUGGUGGUGUUGAUGAGAGGCGUUUGGUCGGAGCUAAGUUGGAGAAGCUUGCCGAGGGUGAAUUAGAUUCCAAAGGUAAACCCACAGAAGCCAUGAGGGGAGGCAGUGUUAAACAGGUUAACUUUUAUGAUGAUGAUAUACGGUUUUGGCAACUUUGGUGUAACCGAUCUGCAGCUGCUGAAGCUCCCUCUGCUGUAAAUAAUGUUACUUCAGCUUUUACUUCCCUGGCUCCAUCAACUAAAGGAAGCCACUUUCUUGUCAUUUGUUGUGAAAACAAAGCCAUUUUUUUGGACCUGGUUACAAUGCGUGGCCGUGAUGUACUCAAGCAAGAGCUUGACAACAAGUCACUUUUGUGUAUGGAAUUUCUUUGUAGAUCUACUGCUAGGGAUGGUCCUUUGGUUGCUUUUGGUGGAUCAGAUGGUGUCAUUAGAGUUCUUUCAAUGAUUACAUGGAAGCUUGUGCGUAGAUAUACUGGAGGUCAUAAAGGAUCCAUUUCUUGUUUGAUGACUUUCAUGGCAGCUUCUGGUGAGGUGUUUUGAAGAGGUUCCAAGGCAU